GUCCAGUGGGUGUCAGCAUAAUCCCGAUCUCAGGUCUCUAUUACUGGUCGGAAACGAAGAAGAACAGAAGACGCCGCUGUAUGCUUCUCUGCUGCAAACAUCUGGGGAGAUUUCUGCAGGUGACAGCAUGAAUCAAGAGAAACUGGCAAAGCUUCAAGCCCAGGUGCGGAUAGGAGGAAAGGGCUCAGCGCGCAGGAAGAAGAAGGUGGUGCACAGAACCGCAACGGCAGAUGACAAAAAGCUCCAGAGUUCACUGAAGAAGUUAGUUGUCAACAACAUAGCUGGGAUCGAGGAGGUGAACAUGAUCAAGGACGACGGGACUGUGAUCCACUUUAACAACCCGAAGGUCCAGGCGUCUCUGUCCGCCAACACGUUCGCCAUCACAGGCCACGCUGAGACCAAGCAGCUGACAGAGAUGCUUCCCAGCAUCCUCAGUCAGCUGGGAGGGGACAGCCUCAGCAGCCUGCGGAAGCUGGCUGAACACUUCCCCCGGCAAGCUCUCGAUGGCAAACCUCCAAAGCCAGAAGACAUUGAGGAAGAGGAUGAUGAGGUUCCAGAUCUGGUGGAGAACUUCGAUGAAGCUUCAAAGGACGAGGCAAACUAGCGCAGAUGUUGAUGACCUCGUGGACUGGACUGGGCUGGACCGAGAAGAAGCAGAAACGUCUCUCUGCGUUUAUGUCGCCCAGGCAUUUCACAUAUCACCAACAAUCCCAGAGACUUUUCUACUUUACAGUGGCCCACCGAGUCAGGCUGGCGUGUGGAAAACCUGGCUUAAAUCUCACCACCUUAUUGUUAAUCAUCGUGAAGAUUACAGGUUAUACACAGAAGGUCUUAAAACAGUUAUGUUUGUUUAUGGCAAAAUAAAUGUGACAAACAUUUA